AUGGAAGACUAAUUAAACAUACCAUUAAAAGAAUCAGAAAUGUAACAAAUUAAAUUUUAAAAUAAUUAAAACGAAGUAUAAGAUGAAGAAAAUGAUAGUGAAGAUGAAGGAAUAGAAGACUAUAAUAUAGGAGGAUAUCAUCCAGUUCAUGUAGGAGAAGUUAUUUAAAAAAGAUAUGUGAUAAUUUAAAAAUUAGGAUGGGGACACUUUUCAACAGUAUGGCUUUCCAAAGAUUUUAAAUAUAAUACAUAUGUAGCAUUAAAAAUAUAGAAAAGUGCGCCACAUUAUUUAGAAGCCGCAUAUGAUGAAGUCGAAAUAUUAUAAAAAGUUGCAAAAUAAGCAAGUAAUCCGGAAUGGAUAAAAAGUUUAAAAGAAUAUUAUAAAAAUGAUCUUAAGAAAAAAUCUUUUACAAGAGAUGAUUGUUAAAUUAUUUAAUUAUUAAACUCUUUUCUUUAUUAAGGACCUUAUGGUAAUCAUUUUUGUAUGGUCUUUGAAAUUAUGAGUGUUAAUUUAUUAGAAAUUAUUAAAAGAUAUAAUUAUAAAGGAAUUCCAAUUCAUUUAGCUAGAAUAAUUGCAAAAUAAGUACUUAUAGGGUUAGAUUUUUUACAUAGGUUUUGUUAAGUUAUUCAUACGGAUUUAAAACCUGAAAAUGUUUUAGUGUGUUUGACAUAGGAUGAAAUAAAAUAAAUUGUUGAAAAAGGAUAACUUGAAAAUUGCAAAAAAAUGUCAGAAAGAAUUAAAUAAUAUUAAAUUUAACAUAAAAUUUAUAUAGAAGACAAUUUCAAAAACAAUGAAACUGAUUUAAAUUUAUUUUAAGAUUAAAUUUCUGAAAAUAAUAAUAAUUCUGAUAAUAAUAAUUUAUCUGAAAAUAAGGAAAAAAAUUAAGAUUAAUAAAAUUAAAAUAAUGAAGAAAAAUAAGCUCUAACAAAAUAGUAGAAAAAAUAUUAACGAAAAAAAGCUGCUUAAAAACGCAAAAAAUAAAAAUUGAAAGAAGAAAAGUAAAUCAGUGAGUAAUAAAAUUGUAAAGAUAAUAAUAAUAAAUAAAUAAAUGGAGUGUAGAAUAAAAGUAAAAUAUAAAAAAAUAUAAAAUCAUAAUAAUAAUAAUAAUAAUAAUAAUAAUAAUAAUAAUAAUAAUAAUAAUAAUAGUAAUAAUAAUAAUAAUAAUAAUAAGAUGAAGAAAUUUCAUAAAAAUUAGAUGAUGUUCCUGAUGAAAUAAAAUAUAAAUUUGAUAAGUAAAAUAAAAAAUAAUUUAAUUAUAUAUUUUUUCUUUAAAAUAAAAAUAGUUAUUGUGGAAGAGGAGAAAGAAUUGAUGAAAAUAUAAAAGUUAAAAUUGCAGACUUAGGAAACGCAUGCUGGACUUAUCAUCAUUUUGCAACAAAAAUAUAAACAAGAUAAUAUAGAAGUCCUGAAUCUAUUAUAGGUAUUCAUUAUGAUACAAGUACUGAUAUUUGGUCUUUUGCUUGUAUGAUGUUUGAAAUGAUAACCGGAGAUUUUUUAUUUUAGCCAAGAAGAAAUCCAAAUUUUAGUAAAAAUGAAGACCAUUUAGCACAAAUUGAAGAAUUAAUAAAAAAAUUUCCUAAGAGGUUUUCUAUGGCAAGUUAAAAAUCUAAAUAAAUAUUUGAUAAUUAAGGAAAUUUAAGAAAAAUACCUGUUUUACAUUAUUGGCCUUUAAGAAAUGUUUUGAUAGAAAAAUAUUUAUUUAAAUAAGAUGAAGCUAGUUUAUUAAAUUAAUUUUUAAUGGUAAUGUUAAAAAGUGAACCAUUGAAAAGGGCUUCUGCUCAAUAAGUUUUAUUAGAAUCUGGUUGGUUAAAAGCAAAGGCAAAUUAUUUGUUUAAAUAUACAGAUUAAGAAUUUCAAAGAUAUAUGGCCAAAAAAUAACUUCUUAGUUAUGAUGAAGUUUAAUUAAGCUCUAAUGAGGCGCAAGAUUCAGACAUUUACGAUGCAGAUAAUUCAGUAAAUAGUGAAUAAAGUGCUGACGAUGAUGCUUUUUACGGAGAAUGUAAAUAAAAAUUUGAUUAUAAAUUAGUAGAUAGAUCAUUUACUAAUUUGGGUUAUAUUGGAUAUGGGGAUGGUAUUUAAUUAGAAGAAUUAGAUUAAAAUUCAAAUUGGUAAUUUGAAAAUUUUUAAAAAUAAAAAUGA